AUGACGCACUUUUGGCUAACACAAGCGUGGAGACUCUUUAACUAUCCUGAUACCCUUUUUGCAAGAUUGUUUAAAGCUAAAUACUAUCGGGAUGUUUCACUCUUGGGUGCAAGAUCUCAGAAGUACCAAUCCUAUGGCUGGUCUUCUAUUCUGGUGGGAUUAGAGCUUUUAAAGAAAGGCAUACGGUUUAAUGUUGGUUCCGAUGAAGAUAUCAGAGUUUUCCAAGACAAUUGGAUUCCAACAGAUUCUCCUAGGCCUGAAAAUGGCUUAUUAGAGUCUCCUUUGCUUGUGUCUGAUCUCAUUGCUCUGGACAAGGACCAAAUCAUUUGGCAUUACACCAAAAAUGGUCAAUACUUGGUUAAAACAUGGUACUAUUUGACGAGGAAACUGGAAGAUCCUGACAACAAUCUGAUUCAACCUCCUCAUGGAGAUCCUUUUCUAAAACAAAAGAUUUGGAAUCUUCCAAUUUUCCCAAAGUUGAGGCAUUUCUUAUGGCGUGUACUAUCCAAAGCUCUGGGGACUUCAGAACGGCUGAUUAGACGAGACAUUCCUGUUGAUCCUACUUGUCAACGCUGUGGUUUGGCAGAUGAAACUAUCAAUCAUCAUUUCUUUGAAUUUCCAGUGUCACAUAUAGCUUGGAGAUUGUCUAAAAUACCUAUAUCGUGUUUACUUCAACCAUCUCAAGAUCUGGAGGAUAACAUCAAAACACUUCUGGAUUUUCAGUCUGCAACAGGCUUAACAGAAUAUCAAAGACUUCAUCCCUUUUGGUUGAUGUGGAGGUUAUGGAAAUCCAGAAAUAACCUCAUUUUCAAGAAGAAGAUUCCAAACCCAGCUAUGGAUGUAUCUUUAGCUAUGGCAGAGGUGAAUGAAUGGUUGAAAUCCCAUCAGGUACAAGGGUCAACUAGCUCUCCAAAUUAG